AUGCCUAUGCCGACCGCUUCAAGGCCGAACGGAAGCUGCACCAAAAUUCCUGAACAUACGCCGCUGCCAGUGGAGACACCUCCGACCGAUACGAAGCGCGGUACAUGCCGGCUGCACUUCCUUGAGAGCGAAGAGCAAGACUCAUUAGACUACCCCAGGUACAAGAUUGCGAUUCAGUUCGAACUCUUUACCGCUGUUCGAUCAUGUCCGCUAUGCGAUGCCGAACUAAUCCAUUACGGCAUGAUCGCCCGCGUCGAGCAUCUUCUGGCCCAGGCUUGCAAGGCCGAGGGCAAUGUGACCGCCUUGAGAAAACGCUAUGAUUACGCGGACUUGAACUAUCUUGAACAACUCCUUCUGGACGGUCAUGUUAUUCCUGAAGCCAUACAUAUAUGGUAUACAUUCAAGCUCGACUGGGCUCAAGAGGACUUCGCGGCCCGAAGUAAGAUGCUAGGCAAGCAACUCGAUCCUCUUAUCGAUGAGCUACACGAACUUGAGUACGCCCUCCAGGAUCUAUUUGCAGACUUUCACGAAUUUGACGGAUUUUCAAACCAGGAGAUUGCUUCGGAAGUACAAAACGUGUUUGGGUCCACCGCUCUUUUGGACGAAGUCCUCGAAGAGCCGGAGGAAUGGAGUUGUUGUCAAGAUGAUACAGGGCUGAAGAUUGAAUGCGCCGAGAUACAAUCUAAUUGGUUGCACAGAACCAUUGAUUGGUUUCAACGCGGACUGAGCAGUCUUGGAGAUUCGGGUCGUGUAGAGCGGGAAGAAGACACGGCCGACGUGUAUACUGCGGUCAAGAAUACGUCUGAGGUGGUUCAUGAUCGGGCGGAAGUGGAGGAAUUUGCAGAUAGCGAAGGUGUGAUGGAUAGUGACUAUGGGGAUGAAGACGCGAUGGAUUUUGAUGUACUAGAUUCGCCUUAG